AUGCUGGACGAGAAUCUACCCGCCUUCUUCCUCAAACCAUCGAGCACGGGGAACACCCACCAUCGUGACAUCCUGUUAUCACACCAUGGCAGCGAUCCAGCCCCGAGUUAUGCUCUCCACAACGCCGAUCCGGCAUCUCCAUUACCGGCGCACAAGAACUGCUAUGCGGUCGCUCUGUUCGAUGCAUAUAAUCCAGAGGUCUUAUUUGGGGAAGUCCUCGCGCGGCCGACGUGGACCCAGCCUUCCUUGUCCGCUGAAGAACUGCGCAGGAAUGGUGGUGUUCCGCCAGCUCCACAGCCCAUUCUUCCUAGUGAGUUCGUGAUCCAGCUGUACAACCCGGACCAGCAGAUUCGCAUUGAGAUAAGAGAAGGCAAAUGGGGUGCAUCGGAUUCAUAUGAGUUCUCCAUGCCGCAGAGCACCUUUCGAACACCGUCCGGGGCCAAUAUCGAUCGUGGUCAGAGUGAUCCGGCAAGCCUGGCAAUUACACCAAAGCUUUUUUUCUCGUGGCGGAAAGAAAGCAAGCUGAGCAAGGAUCUGACCUGCUUCAUGACCGGUUCCAGUACCGACAGGCAGACUAAGAAGAAGUCGAAAAGAGAUCCAGACAUAGCUGUGGCGUUGUGGAGGCAGAUGCGAGAGCUCACUCUCUACGAGCCGAACAUGCAGAGAUUGGAACUGGAAGACCCGAAAGGACUGGAGGUGGUCAUGUUGUUGAGCGCAAUCGUGAUCAAAGAUGUGUACUUUGCGAGCAGGGACAGUCUGCGAGAUGUGUUCAACAUAAGCGACAUGCCGAACGAAAGAAAGCUAUCAGGGGGCGGCAGGAAGCUGUCGAAUGCUCAGCAUACUGUGAGCAUAGUGGGAUUACCCGACCCUCUUGGCCAUCACCCGCUUCCUCUGCAGCAAAUGUCAGGAAGCAGUAACGAUGCUGCGAGAAAUUCUCUGCCGAAAUUGCAGACUGCUCCAGCACAUGCUCUCACCGCUCCCAACGUGCCCGCUGCCGAUGCUCGUGCCCAAUGGGAGAUUGACGCCGAGACAGCUCGACUUCGAGCGCACGCCGAAGCAGAGGCCAAAGAAGAACGGCGUAGGCGGCGUGAUCGCGAAAAGACCGAAGAAGCUGAGCGAAAGCGACUUCAGCGGAUGGUGGAGGAGGAAGAGAAGGCGGCGCGGCGAAAGCAGGCAGAGGUUGAGAAAGAAACCGAAAGACUGCGCAAACAAUACGGUGUUCAGCCCCUGCCUCCUCAAGCACAGCCGGUCCGCCCAAAUACCGGGAACGUUAGACAGCGGCCUGUGCAGCCAUUGCCGCAGAGGUCACAGGUCAACUUCGCGUCUGCGGCCCAGCCGAUUAGGCCGCAGCGUGGGGGCAAUGGGCUGUAUGUGCAGAAUAGUGCAAGUAGCAGCGCAGUCAUGAUGAGUGGAGCUAACGGGGCUGCAAGUAGUAACGUGCCUGGGACCAAGCCGAAGCCGAAGAAGAGCUUCUUCGGGCUCAGAAGCCUCAGCGAUGAUGCAGAGGACAGGAAGAAGCUAAACAAGAAGGGCAGCGCAAUGUGCUACUCUGUCACCAUGUUCAACCCACUCGAUCGUCGCGCGAAAACCGCGCCUUCGCACUACCCCCGCGUGCCCUUCCACUCGAUCCGUUUCUUCCAGCUGCUUAGCAGUCUUAUCGUUGGGGGCAUCAUGAGCUAUUUCAUUUGGCACUUGACACACGACCACUGGCAGACGCCUUGGACUUUCAUCUUCUUGACCGGCGCCAGCCUCUUUUCAAUCGCAGCACUGAGUGUGACUAUCCUGUUGCAUUGCUGCGUUGGCUUGAAUCCGCGGCUGAACUUGGCCGCCAAUGGCUUCUUGUUCGUGCUAUGGGGAUUGAGCUGGUGUCUUCUGACAUGGUACAUGUCUGAUACACUGGCCAAUAUGUGCGACAUCGAACACUGGAACGAGCAGGUGGGCAUCAUGGUUUGUCGGAUAUACAAGGCAUUGUUCACCUUCACAUUGCUUGGGUUUGCAUCCACCAUCGCAGCAUUCGCUCUGGACAUCUACGUCUUCCGUCAGCAGACUCGACGCGGAGUAUACCAACUACACGACCUCGAUAGCAAGCAGCGGCCUCAGGGCAGCUAUGGAGCGAGUGUUGUCAACGAGCCAAGAGAGAGCGAAGCAUGGGAAGCACCGAGAGUAUCGAUGGGGCCUUACAUGGAGGAUGCAAGGAGGCAACAGCAAGGCUACGCGAUGCCAGACAAUCAGUUCGAGUAUGAUGCUGGCUAUCAUGGGCAUGGAGUUCAGAGAACGUAUGGAGUAUGA